AUGUAUUAUUUAGCGUAGUUUACAAUGUCCACCGAAUCUUAUUCUAUUAUUAUUAAUGACAAUCGUACAGAUGUUAUCUUAAAUACUUACAACAAUCGUUUAUUUUUAAUAAUUAGUCAAUACAGAAAACUAGGAUCACUGGUAUCAGUUUAUAAAGAAUCUAAUAUUCAUGAAUUAAACAGUCACGUAUAUGAAACAAAAGUGAUUUUUGGGAAAGAUGAUCCUGAAAUUCAUGCAGCAUCAAGAUAUAUUGCAGAACAAAUUAAUAUUGACAGACCAAUGUUAAUUUCUCUUUGUUUAAAAGAUUUUGAAAUCUUUACAUUACGAACAAUAAUCAAAUCAAUAAAAAAAAAAAUAAAGCUUUAAAUAUUGGUAGAGCAGUAUCAAUUUAUAACAACCAGUUAUACAUUACAUUCUAAUACAUUCUAACCAAUGUUAUUAUAGAUCAAUG